AUGUCAUCGGAAAAACUUUGUCAUAGUUCCCAGACACCUCAACAACUUAUCUACUCAUUGUAUAAGGAUAUCGCUCUGACAGAACUCAAGGCAUACAUUCUAAUCGAGUACUCACUGCUGAUUCGACGGGUGUCCGGCCCAGGCAAUUUCAAUACGGAAACGAAUUUGGUUCGCAACAACUACAACACUAUCAACGAAGAAGCUCUCGACACACUCAUAAAUACGAUGAAAAAAGCUGAUCGUGUUUUAUGGCGUUGCGAUCCCAAAAACCAUGUUCAAGGCGUUACCUACGAAGAGCUAACUCGACUGCUUCAAGGAUAUGUGGAGAACGAGGUGGAUCUCAAUAGCGACGGGUCAUGCAGUCAGAGCUGCCCCGAUUACACUAACACAACUAAGAUGGGAUGCUUCGAGCAAAAGUUCUGUUCUCAACAACCUUCGUGCUCUGGUCGAAUUCACGAUUGUCGGUUCAUAGAGUCAGACUUAUCUGUAUGUCAGUCACCGGAGAGCAGCAAUCGUCGCUAUGACUACAUUCAAUAUAGUGACGGGCCUCGAUUUGGAGAGCGCGAGAAAUGUUGGCGUGACGUCAACAAUGUGGAGAGCUGGAGGAGAUUGUUUUACAAAUGCAGCUACUGCUUCUGCCUAUGUGAUGAACCGGGUCCAAGGUCUGAUCGAUACUUCAAUCUUCGACCAGUUAUAUCGGAUGUGUGGGAUAACAAAGUUGUGACUGGAGUGCGGUUUGUGAAGAAGAAUCGCAUAAUCCACUUGCAAAUACAACAGGGUCAACUCUUGCCCCGAGGUGCGAUCAACGAAUCAACUGUUGAGUGGAAGCCCAUUGAAGACUACAAAAUCGAUGAUUUCAAUGUCACCGAGGGAGUCGACUACCAUGCAAUGAGUUCUGAAAACCGUCGCAUAACUCUGGGUGAUAUAACACAUACAUAUAGAACAUAUGUUGUAACUGGCGUGAGUUUCGGUGUCUUCUUUGGGAGAUUGAGUCUCAAAGUAUCUCAUGGCGCGUAUUGGUUUAAAAAGGGUGAACUAAAUCAAUAUAAAUUAGCAUUAUUGUUAUCAAUUGACAAAGAGUUUUUAACAAAUUCGGUGGCUAGGCGCUUAAGUUUUUAUGAAUAUGCACCCGAAAAACUAAACAUCGAUAAUUUGGAUGUACCAACACGAUCAACACACAGUUCAGAGCCAUUGCCAAACAAGAAGAAAUAUAUCGAAUUUGUUAACACGGGACUGGAAAAGGAUGCGGCACAAACCACGAUUCCAUUUCUGGAUAUGCAGGAUGUUGCUUCAAAUCCGCCAGUUCCGUUGUACGGUAUUGGCCUCUACUAUAGAAGUAGUCCUGGUUACGGCGGCUUUAUCGCUCCCAGAAUUAUCAGCUAUGAUAUCGCAGAUUAUGUUCGGUUGCCGUCUCCUGAGCUAUAA